GUGUGAGACGUAUAGCUGAGCGACCGAAGGCACGAACGAGAUGCCGGUGGCCAUGGGUCCUUACGGGCAGUCGCAGCCAAGCUGCUUCGACCGCGUGAAGAUGGGCUUCGUGAUGGGUUGCGCAGUGGGAAUGGCGGCCGGGGCGCUCUUUGGCACCUUUUCCUGUCUCAGGAUCGGAAUGCGGGGUCGAGAGCUGAUGGGCGGCAUUAGGAAAACCAUGAUGCAGAGUGGCGGCACUUUUGGCACAUUCAUGGCCAUAGGGAUGGGCAUCCGAUGCUAACCAGUGCAAUGGUUGCCCCCUACACCUAUUCCUUGUGAGCCCAUCCUAUGUACUAUAAUAAAAUCGUCUUUGAGUAAAAAAAAAAAAAAA